GUAACCUUUAUUUAUACCUUAUACCUACCUUACACAAAGAAACUGAAACCAAGUGAUUUAUUAAAAAUAGUUUUACUAAAGUUUCUACGACUAUGUUACAGAGAUAUUUAUUAUAAGAUGGCAUCAUACAAACACUUAAGGGGUUUUAUAAAGAGGGUUGCCCCGCCCACGGAUCAUGUUUUGAAGAACUGCCAUGUCGUAAUCGACGGCAAAACUUUCUUUAAGGAUACUUAUAAGAACAGUGGUUGCAAGUCUAUCCUAGGGGGGGAAUAUGACAGGUAUGCAGAAUACCUAAGAUGUAUUCUGAAACGUUUUAUAGAAAGUAACGUAACAUGUUACGUCAUUUUCAACGGAGCCAUGGAUGCUCCUCUUGAAAAAAGGGCAGAGAUAGAACAAAAUGUUAUAAACAGAGCUGAUGCCAUAACAGGAGAAAACGAAAAUGCAUAUUGCGAAACGAUUUUUCUGAAAGACAUCUGGAAAGAAAUUUUAGAUGAAUUAGAAAUUGCCUAUUAUGUGACCGAGUAUGAUAGUAACAUCGCACUUUUUCGAGUGGCAAAUAUGUUCCGAUGUCCUAUUGUGACUAAAAACUAUCAAUAUUGUCUACGCUAUAGUUCAUGCAUACCACCCCAAUCUGUAGAAUUUGACGAGAAAGAAAAACAAAUUACUUGCAAAAUAUUUGAUUCAAAGAAUUGUAGAAGCAUUCUAAGAGUAAGACAUGGCUUAUUGCCUCUUUUUUUCACUCUGACUGAUGAUAACAGCAUAUAUUUCAAAAGGUUGGCAGAUAUAGUAGAUUCUGUGACAAGAAACGUUAUGGGAUCAGUACUCAGGUGGAUACGAAAGCAGUGGUAUGAAUUAGAUGACAAUAUGAAGAAAAUACUGCAAAUAUUAACUGAGGAAGAAGCUGAUGCAUUUAUGAAGGCAUAUGAAUACAAUCAGGAAUUGGUUAAGAAUACAACUGACUGGGAUGCUGUAAAACAUUUUGGAAAGGGUAAAGGGAGUGCUCUUUUUGAAAAUGAUACCAAAUGGUUUAUAAGUGGAGUUUCAAGUGGAAGAAUUGCUAUUCCAUAUGUUAAUUUGGCAAAUAAAGGGACUUUUUCAGGUUCUUGGGUUGCUUUUGAUGAAGAUAAAGAAGAUGCCAUGCUCUCAGCUCUUGACAUAAUAUUUUAUGUGUAUGGAAUUCUAACAAAUCGACAAGAACUUAACAUAACUUUCAUUGGAAGAAAAGAGAAAAAGAGUUCCAUUUGGGAAAUAAAAAAGAAGUUUGAUAAACCCAUUUCUAAUAAAGAAUUAUUUACAGAAAGGCAAACUAAGCGUGGUAGACAGGAUAAAACACAAACUGUGGAUCUAUUUGAAAAAUUUGUGCAAAAAGUAAUGCCAGAUAUUAAUGUAUUGAAAUCUGCUCCAGAAGACUGUUGGAUCCUGAUAAUAACGCUAGCUUAUUAUUGGCAAAAAAAUACAGACAUAAUUUUAGCCUACAGUGUUAUUUUGUCUUACAUCAUGUUGGGCCCUGUGUCUGACAGAGUGGGGCUUAUUAGAAGAAGCAAUUUCAUAAGCCCAGAUGUGGCCGAGAAUGAUAGAGUAGAUGACCAUGGAUUGACAUAUGAAGACUGUGUCACAGCAGCAAAUGCAUUGAUGGAUCUAUUUUAUGUGAAGAAUUUAAAAAGUCAAUUUCAUCGCAGCAUACUUCAUGCAAUGGCUGAAUUCCAGCAUUGCUUGCAACACAUGAAUUACCUUAAUAAACUUUGUGGCCAGAAAAUUGCAUGUACUGUUUAUCACAAGACAAUAGAUGCAACUUUUAUGUACAAUAUUUAUAUCAAAAUGAAAGAUAAAAGUAAUCCAACAAAGUAUAUAGAAAAGCGUUUGAAGAAAUCAUCUGUCUUUGAUUAUUAUCAGAAAAUUGUAAGCAUUUUUGAAAGCUGUUUGCAGUCUAGAGGCUGAUCUUCAGGUUGGAAGACUUUUUUUAUGAUUAUUGUUAAAGUAUAAGACAUUAAGUACAAAAAAUAUGUUUAAGUUUGCUUUAUAUUUGUAUUAAUGUAGGCAGUGCCUAAAUUUAUAUGUUAUGCUUUAGUUUAGAAUUAUCAGUAGGUAGGUAGGUACUAUAAGGACAAUGGAAGGUACUGUACGUACGAAUUAGGGUAUUUAUCCCAAGGAGACUGAAUACAAAAAGUAAUUACAUAACUACCACAUGAUUUUGAUUAGGUAGGCACCUACUAAUUGUGUUAUUACAAACAAUAUAAAUCUGGAUAUA